AUGGUCGUCACUGCGCCGCUCUGGCGCAAGUACACGUUUCUGGGCGACCUCCCCCUGACCGCGCUGCGUUUUACCUGGCGCAUUCUAGCGGCCCUUUUCUACCCUGCACGCGUGGGCGCAACAGAGACUACGUCUGCAUUUGCCACGAGCCGCGCGCUGGUCGCCAACUCCUGGCACCGCUACCAACAGACACGCGAGGCGUUUCGCAACCACAACAGCCAGUACACUUGGGAUCGCCACUUGUACAUGGUCGUCAGCCGGUAUGUCUGGUUCAACGAUUUGAAAAAGAUUGUGCCUUCAGCAGCCGCAGCAGCAGCUCCAGGAACAGGAUCAGCACUAUGA